AUGACGACAGUUGACGAAUCUCUUGUCCUGAAACCUUUCGACAAACUACCUUUACUUCACACUGCAACCAUUUUGCUGAUUGGAUCUGAGGGUGUGGGCAAACACGAUCUAGCCAAAAGUAUUGUUGGAAUUGAUACAGAUGUUUCCUACCAAGUUCGUACAACUGUAAGCCUACCACUUCCAUCUAUUAAGGAACCAUCCCGACCUCGCAUUGAUUUUGUCUGUUUCAUUAUUGACCUAACCAAUAAAGAAAGUUUUAACAAUGUGGAAGAGUCACUAAAAUACAUUGAUGGGCGAUACUUUCUCGGAAGAGCUUGUUUUGUGGCCCUCAAAGUGAAAAACCACAUGUCCCGAUGUGUACACCUUGAGAUACUGACCAGCCUGGCAGAUCACUGUGGCGCCCCCAUCUUAUAUGGUGGAUUGGAGACGGAUGCAGAGAGUAUGACAUUGGCUCGUCAAAUUCUGACCAUGACCGAGAUUGCUGCUGGAUUCAAGAAAAAUAUCUCACCUGCCUUGAUAGAGGCUACAAGGGUUGCUUACAAUCUGAUAUGA